CCGACGCGCCCGCGGAAGCAGACCAGGCAGAUCGGGAGCGGCGCCGAGAAAAAUAUCUUUACUAGAUGACAUUUCAUCGCAAUGUCCGAUCGUCUGGGGCAAAUAACCAAGGGCAAGGAUGGGAAAAGCAAGCACUGGACUCUCAGCCUGUUUGACAAGUAUAAAGGAAGACCAGUAGACGCCACCAGGUCCUCAGUUAUUCCUAGACACGGCUUACAGAGUCUCGGGAAAGUGGCCACAGCCCGGCGCAUGCCGCCGCCUGCAAACCUGCCAAGCCUGAAGUCUGAAAACAAAGGAAACGACCCCAGCAUUGUGAUAGUGCCCAAGGACGGCACGGGAUGGGCAAACAAGCAGGAGCAGCCCGACCCAAAGAGUUCCAGUGCGACGGCCUCUCAGCCGCCGGAGUCGCUGCCGCAGCCGGGUUUGCAGAAGUCUGUCUCCAAUUUGCAGAAGCCGACACAGCCGAGCAGUCAGGAGAAUACAAAUUCAGUGCCAGGUGGACCAAAGUCAUGGGCACAGCUGAAUGGAAAGCCAGCAGGACACGAAGGUGGUUUAAGGGGCUCAAGCCGACUGUUAUCCUUCUCUCCCAAGGAAUUUCCGACGCUGAAAGCAGCUGGAGGGCCGGACAAGGCUGGCAAAGAAAAGGGCGUCUUAGAUCUGUCGUAUGGGCCAGGACCAAGCCUCCGCCCUCAGAAUGUGACAAGCUGGAGGGAGGGCGGUGGUCGAAGCACAGCUUCUGCGGCGUCUCUGAGCACCUCCCCAGCUGAGCCGGGCAGCAGGAACGCCAGUGCUGGGGAUGGAGCCCCCUCCUCGGCAUGUACCAGCGAUUCUAAAGACCCCUCUCUCCGCCUGGCUCCUCCUGUCCGCAAAGGGACAUCGCAGUUCCUGGGAAACGUGUACCACCCUCCCACGUACCAUGACAUGCUCCCUGCUUUUAUGUGUUCGCCACAGUCAUCAGAGAAUCAGGGUCCAGUGGACCGAGGCUCCUUCCCUCUUCCUCAGCUUCGCCUGGAACCCCGUGCUCCUUUUAGACAGUUCCAGAUCAAUGGCCAAGAUGGGAAAGAGAGCAGGCUGGGGCUGACCCGCCCCAUCCGCCCACUGAGGCAGCUGGUGGAGCGGGCACCACGGCCCACCAUCAUCAAUGCCGAAAACCUGAAGGGCCUGGAUGACCUGGACACCGAUGCUGACGACGGCUGGGCAGGCCUCCACGAAGAAGUAGACUAUUCAGAGAAAUUGAAGUUCAGCGAUGAUGAAGAGGAGGAAGAGGUUGGGAAGGAUGGCCGGCCAAAGUGGAACAGCUGGGACCCGAGAACGCAGCGACAGUUGAGCUCUGCAGACAGUGCUGAUGCCAAGUGCACUCAAGAGGAAGGGAAGGACUGGGGCGAAGCUGUGGGUAUGUCCCGUGUUGCCCGAAAGGUGCCGGAGCCUCAGCCACCUUCCAGAAAGCUUCAUGGCUGGGCAUCAGGCCCAGACUACCAGAAAUCCUCAGUGGGCAGUGUGUUCCGGCAACAGUCUAUCGAGGACAAGGAGGAUAAGCCACCCCUGAGGCAGAAGUUCAUUCAGUCAGAGAUGUCCGAGGCCGUGGAGCGGGCACGAAAGCGCAGGGAAGAGGAGGAGCGCCGAGCCCGGGAGGAGAGGCUGGCAGCCUGCGCUGCCAAGCUCAAACAGCUAGACCAGAAGUGCAAGCAGGCCCAGAAGGCCAGCGAGGCCCAGAAGGCCAGCGAGGCCCAGAAGCAGGUGGAGAAGGAGGUACCUCGGUCCCCAGGCACCGAGAAGGCCCCCCCACAAGAAAAUGGCCCUGCUGUCUGCAAAGGCUCCCCAGAAUUCCCUGCCCAGGAAGCCCCCUCCACUUUCUCAGAGGAGGCACGCACAGCUUCCCCAGCUGUGGGUCAGAGCAGCAGCAGUGAGGAGGAGGCCAGGGAGUCUGCGUCCCCUGCACAGGAAUUCAGCAAGUAUCAGAAGUCCCUUCCUCCACGGUUCCAGCGCCAGCAGCAGCAGCAGCAGCAGCAGCAGGUCUCUCUUCUGCGUCAGGAGCAGCUGUACAAGAUGCAACACUGGCAGCCGGUGUAUCCCCCGCCUUCCCACCCACAGCGAACCUUUUACCCGCACCACCCCCAGAUGCUGGGCUUCGACCCCAGGUGGAUGAUGAUGCCUUCCUACAUGGACCCUCGGAUCACACCCACCCGGACCCCUGUGGACUUCUACCCCUCAGCCCUGCACCCUUCAGGACUGAUGAAGCCCAUGAUGCCCCAAGAGUCCCUCAGUGGGACUGGAUGUCGUUCUGAAGAUCAGAGCUGUGUGCCCCCACUCCAAGAAAGAAAAGUGACAGCCAUCGAUCCAGCUCCCGUCUGGAGCCCAGAGGGCUACCUGGCGCUGCAGAGCAAGGGCUACUCAUUGCCCCACCCAAAGUCAAGCGACACUUUGCCUGUGGAUGUGCAUGUCAGGAAUGAAAGCUCUUACUCUGCCUCCCCUGGAAGGUCAGGGGGCGUAAGUGCCCAGCGCCAUCUCUUUGAGGAGAGAGGGGAGGAGUACUUGAGUGCUUUUGACAAGAAGGCCCAAGCAGACUUUGACAGCUGUAUCUCUUCUCAAAGAAUAGGCCAGGAGCUUUUAUUUCCACCCCAAGAAAAUGUUCAGGAGGCGGGCGCUCCUGGGGGCCACGCCCAAAACCUCAGGCGUCCCCCGCUGGAGCCUGACUUUGUCCCAGUUGAGAAAAAGCCAGAGUUUUGCAGCUGGGACAUUGGCCACCAGCCAAAGGCCCCUGACACAGCCAAGGGUGUUGAGCAGGAGGCGCCCCGGGAGGAGCCGUCCUUCCAUGCUGCCUCCUGGGAGAAGGAAGGGAGUCCUGACAAACAGCCAGACCCAGAGCCUGAAUGGACACCUGAGCCCCGGAGUUCCAGUGGCCAGCACCAGGAGCAGCCAGGCAGGACCCGGAGGUCAGGGCCCAUCAAAAAACCGGUCCUCAAAGCCCUGAAAGUGGAGGAGAAGGAGAAGGAGCUAGAGAAGGUUAAGCGGGGGCUCGGAGAAGAGAGUGCACGGCUGGCCACAGAGAAGCCUGAGCAGGAUGAGGACGAAGAGAACGACCCUGCCCUGGCCAACGCCUCCCCCUCCACUUUGGAGGACAAGGCCUCCACCCGGGCUGGGUCCAACCACGAGGCCAGCAAAUGGGAUGCGGAUGAGGAUGAGAAGGCUGACAAGGCCUGGGAGCCCAGACCAUCCCGAGAGAACAGCGACAUUCCCCCCACCAAGAGAAACAACUGGAUCUUCAUCGAUGAGGAGCAGGCCUUUGGGGGCCGGGGGCAGGCCCGCAGCCGGGGCCGAGGUUUCAGAGAAUUCACUUUCCGAGGUCGGCCAGCCGGGGGAAAUGGAAGCAGCCUGUGUGGCGGGGGCGUCCUGGGGGCCCGCGGCAUCUACAGCAGCAGCCAGCGGAGUGGCCGCGGUCGGGGCCUGCGGGAGUUCCCCCAGCCAGAGGACAGCCCCAGAGCCAAGCCGCGGCGGCGCAUCGCCAGCGAGACCCAUAGCGAGGGCUCCGAGUAUGAGGAGCUGCCCAAGCGGCGCCGGCAGAGGGGCUCGGAGAGCGGGACGGAGGGCUCGCUCCUGGGGCGGGAGGAGGGCGCCCUGCAGACGGACUCCUGGCGCUCUAGCAAGGUGUACCCGGAGGACCAGAGCGGCCCGGAGGCCAAGGGUCGGGGCCCUCGGGCCUGUGGCCGUGCUCUCCCGCCCAGGCUGAGCAACGGCGGCUAUGGGCGCAGGGCCUUCGCCCCCAAGGAGCCCGUCCCCUGGCAGAGCAGGAGCCCGGGCGGCUCCUGGCAGGAGUACGGUCCUGCCGACACGGGUGGGACCCGGCGUGCCACGGACAGAGACUACGUCCCUGACUCCUACCGACAUGCGGACUCGUUUGGCAGCAGGGCCUUUGAGGACAGCCGCUUGGAGGACAAGAGGUCCUUCUUCCAAGACGACCAUGUUACAGAUUCUGAGAAUGCAGAGAACCGGCAGUUCCGGAGGAGGCGCCCCCCACGCCAAGACAAGCCCCCGCGCUUCCGGCGGCUGCGGCAGGAGCGGGAGUCCUUGGUCCUGUGGGGACCAGAAGAGGAGGCCCCCCUGCUGGCGGGCCAGUGGCCAGGCCGGCCCAAACUCUGCCCUGGGGACAAGGUUGGCGCAGGGGGCCGCAGGUCCCCAGACCCAUCCUGCCACAACUCUUCUGACCAUGCCAACGAGGAGUGGGAAACGGCCUCUGAGAGCAGCGACUUCAGCGAGCGCAGGGAGAGGCGCGGGGGCCCAGGGGAGCCCGACCCACAGGGGGACGGUGGCCUGUCUGGGGCCGGUCUGGGUGAGAAGAAGGAACUGGCCAAGAGGAGCUUCUCCAGCCAGAGGCCCCUGGCUGACAGACAGAGCCGCAAGCUGGAGCCGGGAGGGUUUGGGGAGAAGCCCGUUAGGCCAGGUGGUGGUGAGACGUCCCCCCGCUAUGACAGCCAGCAGAGCGGGACACCCUUGAAAGCCAAAAGGUCCCCGGAUGAGGCCCUGCCUGGAGGCCUUGGCUGCAGCAGUGGGAAUGGCCACUCGCCUUACACCCUAGAGCGGGCCACACACACCAACGCUGAUAGUCCAGAAGCCACCAGUAAGAAGGCAGAGAAGGAGUCCGUGCUGGCCGUUCAGAGGGCUAGUGAGCAGGAGGAGGCCCGGAAGCAGUUUGACCUGAGCUAUGGAAGUGCCAUCAUUGAAAACUGUGCGUCUGGCCCUGGGGAGGAGAGUGAGAUGGGCUCCAUGGUGGGCGAAGGCUUCAUUGAAGUGCUGACCAAGAAGCAGCGCCGGCUCCUGGAGGAGGAGAGGAGAAAGAAAGAGCAGGCUGCGCAGGUGCCUGUGAAAGGUCGAGGCCUUUCCUCUCGUAUCCCCCCUCGAUUUGCUAAAAAACAGAACAACUUGUGCCUGGAACAGGGCGAUGUGGCCGUGCCUGGCAGCAGCCUGGGCACUGAGAUCUGGGAGACCAGCAGCCAAGCCCUCCCUGUGCAGGCCGCAGCCAGUGACUCCUGGAGGAAAGCCAUCUCUGCCUUCAGCAGCACUGAGCCCAGCUCCACCGAGGGUUUUAAGAGCAGCCAGGGAGACAGCGGUGUUGACUUGAGUGCAGAGUCUCGGGAGUCGUCUGCCACCUCCUCGCAACGCAGCUCCCCAUAUGGUACUCUGAAGCCAGAGGACAUGAGCAGUCCUGGCCUGGCAGAAUCCAAGGCUGACAGCCACGAGGAGCAGGCUCAGAAGCAAUCUGAGCAAAAGGACUCAGAACAAGGCUCAGGACAGAGCAAGGAGCACAGACCAGGACCCAUCGGCAAUGAACGUUCUCUGAAAAACAGAAAGGGCUCAGAGGGGACUGAGCGGCUGCAAGGGACAGUCGUCCCACCUGUUAAUGGGGUAGAGAUUCACGUGGACUCCGUGCUGCCUGUGCCACCCAUUGAAUUUGGAGUCAGUCCAAAAGACUCUGAUUUCAGCUUGCCACCUGGUUCUGCCUCUAGUCCUGCAGGGAAUGCAGUGGUCAAACUUCAGGAUGCCUUGGCUAGCAAUGCAGGGUUGACACAGAGCAUUCCCAUCCUCCGGCGAGAUCAUCAUAUCCAGAGGGCCAUUGGCCUCUCCCCAAUGUCCUUCCCCACUGCUGAUCUCACACUAAAGAUGGAGUCUGCACGGAAGGCUUGGGAAAACUCCCCCAGUUUGCCAGAGCAGAGCUCUCCAGGGGGUGCUAGCUCGGGCAUCCAGCCUCCGUCCUCGGUGGGCGCCUCCAGCGGGGUCAACUACAGCUCCUUUGGUGGAGUAUCCAUGCCACCCAUGCCUGUGGCCUCUGUAGCCCCUUCUGCUUCGAUGCCAGGCAACCACCUCCCGCCUCUGUACUUGGACGGUCAUGUGUUUGCAAGUCAGCCCCGGCUGGUUCCUCAAACCAUACCUCAGCAGCAGAGUUACCAGCAGGCUGCCGCUGCCCAGCAAAUCCCCAUCUCUCUGCACACGUCUCUGCAGGCUCAGGCUCAGCUUGGACUGCGGGGCGGGCUUCCCGUCUCCCAGUCUCAGGAGAUCUUCAGUUCUUUGCAGCCCUUCAGGUCUCAGGUGUACAUGCACCCCAGCCUGUCACCACCCAGCACCAUGAUCCUCUCUGGGGGCACGGCCUUGAAGGCUCCAUACUCAGCAUUCCCAGGCAUGCAGCCUUUAGAGAUGGUGAAGCCCCAGUCCGGCUCACCCUACCAGCCCCUGAAUGGAAACCAGGCCCUGGUCUACGAGGGCCAGCUUGGCCAGGCUGCUGGACUGGGCGCCUCCCAGAUGUUGGACUCCCAGCUGCCACAGCUGACCAUGCCACUGCCUCGGUAUGGCUCCGGGCAGCAACCACUCAUCCUGCCACAGUCCAUCCAGCUGCCACCAGGGCAGAGCCUCUCUGUCGGGGCCCCCCGAAGGAUUCCUCCACCUGGGUCCCAGCCACCAGUCUUGAACACCAGCAGAGAGUCCUCUCAGAUGGAGCUGAAAGGCUUCCACUUUGCCGACAGUAAACAGAAUGUUCCCACAGGAGGCUCCGUAUCGUCACCACAGACCUACAGGCCUAGCUCUGCUAGCCCCAGUGGGAAGCCCUCUGGAUCAGCAGUUAACAUGGGCUCUGUGCAGGGACACUACGUUCAACAGGCAAAACGAGUGGAUGAGAAGCCCAGCCUGGGAGCCGUGAAGCUGCAGGAGGCCCCCUCAGCCGCCCCCCAGAUGAAGAGAACCGGAGCAAUCAAGCCUCGGGCAGUCAAAGUGGAGGAGAGUAAAGCCUGAAGGUGCCUGGCCACAGCCUCACCUCACCCUGACGGGGACAGUGCCACCAUCCAGCCUGGGCCACCACCACUCGGAACCUCACCGGACCCACCGUCCGAGCACCUGGCCCAGACUGAGAGCUCUGCUCCUGCCCACUCCUCCCACUCCUCCCACUCCUGGAAGCUCAUGCAG